AUGACAGGGUGUGGGAGGGGAGAGCGGCGGCGAAGAGGACGCCCCCCGCGAGUCCCAGAGGUGGGUCGUGGGGACGCCGACACUGGGGCGCGGUCCCUCCGGCCAGGCGCGCAGAAGGGCGGGGUCACAGGCACUGGGGCCACAAAGGCUGGGGAGCCCUGGAGGGAGGCCGACGCGAGUAAGGCGACAGCUCCGCGGGAGGGACCGGGGGAGGCGGCCCAGGGCUCCGGGGACCGGCUUUGGCUCCAGGGCCCCGCCCAGAUGACUCCCGAGCAGGCCGCGAGGCUGGGGAGGGAGGCGGCCGGCCGGGGCGGUGGCGGGCGGUGGGGAACGCCCGGGUGGGAGAGGGCGGGCUCGGCGCGGGGGCUCGGCGGCUCUCCCCCCGCUCCCCAGCCCCCGCCCCCCGGCUGGACAAAACCCGCUCGCCGGCCCGUCGCCCGGCUGGACCAGGAGCCGCUGCCCGUGCCUCCGGCGUCCCCAGGUUUUGUAACACUCAAGAAGUACAUGAAAGAGGCCUCUUUCAUCAAGUAUUCUUAAGUUAU